UUCUUCCCAGUGUGCCCGGGUUGUAGGCGAGAUACAGCGGUCAGUAAAAUCCGAGUGAAUUGAAAAGGACAAAAAGACAACGGCAAAGGCCCUGGAAAACUCAUCGACAAGAAAUAAUCAAAAGCGAAAAUAAAAAGAAACAAAUACCCGAAUCCAGGGCAACGAAUUUCUACUGAGAGUGCAAAGGAACUUGGGCUUCAUACGUGGAGGAAAAAUUUGUUCUGCUGUUGGAAGGAAAUAUAAUCGGAGACUGCGGUGGUAUUCGUCCAAUAAUUUCCGUUUUUUUAUUAUUUCUCGGUGACGUCUGAAUGAAAAGGAAAAAAUAAUCGCGCUGAUAAAUUCCACUGGAAAAUCACUCGGCGGUGGAUUAUUUAUUUUUUAUUGAACGUUUCUUGUGCUGUUGAGAGUGAAAAUACUCGUUCAUGUGAGUGAUUUCAGUUGUGAAGGUGGAUUUAUUUUGUGGGAAUAUUGGGGGUGACGCUGGGAUCGGGGAAAAGGGUGGAGUGAAGUUGUACGUGAUUAUUUCGGAGUCAUUUUGGGACAGGCACGGCUCCGCACGGGAGCAUAUCUAGGGGUGGCAACGACCGCGCUAGAAGGUGCCGAAGAAGGUGGUGGCGCGUGGGUCGUCUGGAGGAAGAAAAAACGCAAGAGGAUUGGUUGUACCGUCACAAUUAUCACAAAAGUAUUUUCAUAAAAUACUAGUGUUAUUUUUAUCACCUAAAUACAAUAAUCAAGUGGUUUCUUGCAAUUGUAAACGUCGAGUAGACACCAAAAAGUGGCGAAGAACGUGGAGAUAGUGUUGGACGUUGCUGCUCCGUAUCAAUAAUCAUUACUUUCAACUAAGAAAUACGUCAUUGAAUUUGUAAUCGGAAACGUUAUCACCGAGUUAAUUUUUAAAUUGAAGUAAGAAGGAGAAUACAAGUGAUUAGAGUAAAGGUAUAAAAAGCUCGUCCAAACGUUGGACUAGAAUUAUCAAGUGAGGACGAGUUAUCACAGGUGAUUCAAUCAUGAACGAAUUGGAUAGUCUUCGUACGGAGGCGGAAACCCUCAAAAAUGCCAUUCGGGAUGCGAGGAAAGUGGCAUGUGAUACCAGCCUUGUGCAGGCAACAGCGGGGAUGGAACCCAUUGGGCGGAUACAAAUGCGAACGAGACGCACAUUACGCGGACACUUGGCGAAAAUUUAUGCAAUGCAUUGGGGUAGUGAUUCCAGAAAUUUGGUGUCAGCCUCUCAAGAUGGUAAACUCAUCGUGUGGGACAGUUAUACCACAAAUAAGGUACAUGCAAUACCAUUACGAUCAUCGUGGGUAAUGACUUGUGCCUAUGCACCAUCGGGUAGUUACGUUGCUUGCGGUGGCCUCGACAACAUAUGCUCUAUCUACAGUCUCAAGACACGAGAAGGCAAUGUACGAGUUAGCCGUGAAUUGCCAGGACACACUGGUUAUUUAUCCUGCUGUCGAUUUCUAGAUGACAAUCAGAUUGUCACAAGCUCUGGCGAUAUGUCUUGUGCUCUGUGGGAUAUCGAGACUGGCCAGCAGUGCACCUCAUUUAUCGGUCAUACCGGCGACGUUAUGUCGCUGUCAUUGGCACCAGACAUGCGCACAUUUGUCUCAGGUGCAUGUGAUGCUAGCGCUAAAUUAUGGGACAUUCGUGAGGGCUCGUGCAAGCAAACCUUCCCCGGCCAUGAGAGCGAUAUCAAUGCCGUUACGUUCUUCCCUAAUGGAUGGGCUUUUGCGACGGGGUCAGACGACGCCACGUGCCGAUUGUUCGACAUACGUGCCGAUCAGGAACUGGCAAUGUACAGUCAUGAUAACAUCAUCUGCGGUAUCACGAGUGUAGCAUUCAGCAAGAGUGGAAGACUCCUCUUAGCUGGAUACGACGACUUCAAUUGUAAUGUCUGGGACUCCAUGAAGAGUGAACGUGCAGGAAUUCUCGCUGGACACGAUAACCGUGUAUCAUGCCUGGGUGUGACUGAGGACGGUAUGGCAGUAGCGACAGGUUCAUGGGAUUCGUUCCUCCGCAUUUGGAACUAAAUCGAUGAGUCGUUUUUUUUUUAAUUCUCAACCAUGAAAACAAGAGUAAUUCUCCAUUUAUUUACCAUUUCUUCAUUAUUAUUUUGUACGAGUUAGUCCUCAUUGGCACGUACCUCCAAAGAACCAAAAGAAGGAGAAAAUAAUCCAGACUCCGAGGAGCAAAAAAAAACAACCACAUUAUCCCAUUAUCAUAAAUUGAAACAUGAAUAAAUGACCACCACGAGUUCGUCACAAUGCCAGAAGGAGAAUAAAUAGAUGAAAUUUUAAAUAAAUUAUUGUUGACUCAAAUAUUUUCCACUGAAGCAGUUAAAAAAACUGUGGGGAUUGAGCGAAUGACAAUUUCUUCGCGCGAAGAAGUCGCCAAAGAUGAUUUUAAUGAAAAAAAAAAUGAAAUCAUAAAAAUUGUUUUCUAAUCGUUUUGUUUUUCUUUCUUUAUUAUUUUUCUUUCACUGGGAUAAUUUGUGUUCAGGGCCGGUGGAACGAUUUGAAUAAAUAUAACGAGUCAAUGUUCACGUGAAAAACUGAAAUAUGUGACUUAAGCGCAAGAAUAUUUGAAUGAAAUGCUGAUGAGAAGAGGAAAUCUAACGCACGAUCUCGAGUGAUUUUUUUUACAUGCACACAAAUAAUUUUUAAUGAAUCCAUAUGAAAGAGAAAACUAUCACGUCAGGGGCACAAUGUUCAAGCAAUGACAAUUAUAGUGCUGAAAGGGUCAAAUAAAUGAAUGAAAAAAUAAAAUAAUCGAUUGAUCAGUAAUUUAUGUCGAUUUGUUAAUUUGCCACGCUGAUAAACAAUUGUACACAAAUCAACUGAAUAAUUCGGGCGCACACGAUAUCACAAAUAAAAGAUGAUAAAAUUAAUUACAAAAUAAGGACAUGUAAGAGGGAGAGGUAUAUAUUCCUUGACAUUUUUUUCCUUCUUUUUCAUCGAUUAUUCUGUUAUUUAUUUUGUAUAGAAAUCUCCUGUUUGCCAUAAAAAAUGAAAAUCAUCGUCGUUGGGAAGAAAGAAUAGUUUUUCUUUCGAUUCAAUUUAAUCAUACGAUAAUACCACUUAUUAUUACCUAGUGUUAGAAGAGAGAGUGAUUAUCCGAGAAUUGCACAGAUUUACAUUUUUUACUUCCCAGUGUAUAAUUUCAACGAUUGUUAAUGGAGAAUAUUUGAAAUAGGACCCAAAGACGAGUGAAUAAAUAUUAAUUUUAUCGUCGAGUCAUAAAUUUUCCAUAAAAUUUUCACCACUUGAUUUUUCAAUUCUAUUCGUUUUCUAAAUUAAGAAAAUCGAUAGGUAAAUUCUUUCCACGUUAUUGUCGAUGAAAAAAAAACAAAACCCUAGAUGUUAACGAUGAAUUUUAAAAGAAAUGGAAACAACUGUGUAUGCAUUUAAAAAUGAUAAACAAAAAAAUCUACAAAAGCAAAAAAAAAUUGUAAUAAUAUAAAUGAUAAUGAUUGUAAUUUAUAAAUAUUAAUAUUUAAUAUGUAAGUAACUGUAAGGUGUCGAUUUUCAAGGUUUCAUCGAGAGAGAGAGAGAGAAAAUUACCGAACAUACGAGCAAAAGUCGCAGUUACAACCGAGUAAUAAUUGAGAGGAAAAAAAUCAACUGCGAUUGCAAAAAAAACCUUCAAUAAAUCCUUACCCAUCGUGAGAAGAGGAAUGAAAACCAAUUAAUUACACUACGUUCACUGUGGAUAUUUGUAAUCAUUUUUUGAUAACUAUCUUCUAAACUAAAUGAUCGCUUUAACUGCAAGAGAAUAAACAAAAUGACUUCAUAUGUGUUAAUGAGAGGAAAAAAAAAUAAAAACAUAAAUCGAGUGAAAAUUCA